GGCCUGGUGUCGAGCAGACAUCGCCUCACCAUGUGUCAGCUGGCUGUUCAGUCGUCUGAUUGGAUCAGGGUGGACCCCUGGGAGUGUUACCAGGACACCUGGCAGACCACCUGCAGCGUGCUGGAGCAUCACCGAGACCUGAUGAAGAGAGUCACCGGUUGCAUCCUGUCCAACGUCAACACGCCAUCCUCAACGCCUGUGAUUGGUCAGCCGCAGAACCAGACUCCGCCCAUUUACCAGAACCACAGCAACACCAACCACAAACCCACAACUAUCAAACUUUGGGGAAAAAUCAGUGAGAAUUUGGGUAAAAUCUGCUGCGUUCGUCCUCAGAUGGAGCGCUUCACGUUUGUCGAUGAAAACGCCAACCUGGGGACCGCCAUGAGAUACGAGGAGAUCGAGUUACGCAUCUUGCUCCUGUGUGGCAGUGACCUCCUGGAGUCCUUCUGCAUCCCUGGCCUCUGGAAGGACAGUGAUAUGGAGGUGAUCGUCGGGGACUUCGGGAUGGUGGUGGUCCCUCGAGACGGGGUCGACACUGAGAGGAUCAUGAACCACUCCUCCAUCCUCCGCAAGUACAAGGACAACAUCCUGGUGGUGAGCGAUACCACGAACCACCCCAUGUCCAUCGUCAGCUCCACGAAGAGCAGACUGGCCCUGCAGCACGGUGACGGUCACGUGGUGGACUACCUGAGCCAGCCCGUCAUCGACUACAUCCUGCAGAGUCAGCUCUACAUCAACGCCUCAGGAUAGAGGAUGGAGGAGGCGGAGCUUCUGCAACUGUCAGCGAUAUAAAUAGACCCCUCCCCGUACAGGAAACUGGAACUUCUUGUCUGUAUCCUGCCCCUCCUUCAUGUGUCGUGUAACUUCAGGAGGUUCUUUAAGUUUCAUGUUUAUAAAUUAGGGAUGCAUGACGGACAUCUGAGCAUGCUCAGUGUGCACGGACUGACAGGGAACCAGAACCAGAACCAGAACUCACCUGCUGGAAGGUUUUAAAUUACACCAGAGUCUGCAGAAAAACCUCAGAGGUUUGGUUUAGACCCGAUGAACCCGUCUUAUUUUUAUUAUUUCUUCUGAUUCUGAUUUCUGACCCUGAAGUUCCCAAAACAUCAAGUGUGAGGUCUGGGUCGUUUCCAGAAACAAAUCCAAAACAAAACCUGUUCUUCAGAACAUUUGUUGUUCAAACGAGAUAUUCAAACUGGAGCUUAGACCUGAAAUGUCUGCAGACUUUAAACAAGAAAUGCUUUUAGAAGUAAUCUUUUUUUAGCAGCCGAAGUUCUGAAAAUACAGAUUUAAGUUUUAAAACUUAAAACUCAGAUCAGAAAGUGUAAAAAAUCCAACCUCUUCCUGCCUCGAGUCUGAAAACAGACUCUUUGUUUUUGUUACAAAACAAACGAGUGAAAACAUAAAGAACUUUAUUAGACAUCAGGGUAGCUCAGAUGUUAGCCUUUAGCUAGGUUAGCUCCAAUGUUAGCCUUUAGCUGGGUUAGCUCCAAUGUUAGCCUUUAGCUGGGUUAGCUCUCAUGUUAGCCUUUAGCUGGGUUAGCUCUCAUGUUAG